UGACGUUAUAAAGAUGCGCUGGGCCUGGUGGUGACAGGCGAAGCCGCGGAUUCGGCAGUUGUGAUCUCGGUAUUCUCGCCGAUACCGGAGCGGCCCUCUCAUAUAGAGUCAGUGUGAUGAGGUAGCAUACUGUUUAUAAAGUCCUGUCCACUAUGGGAUCUCAGGCAUAUGGUGAAGGGGCAGAACCUUCUGAAGCCUUCUUGAAAGAUAUGGAUUCAAAGGAUAAAGAAGUGGAACAGAAUGGAAUCAGUGACUGCGAAUCCAGGGAUGAGAAAAAUCAAUCAAAGGAGAAUGAGUGGAAUAUUGGCAGAAAGGAACCCAUAUCAAAAAGACAGAUGAAGAAGUUAAUGAGGGAGAAACAAUGGCAGGACCUAAAAGAGCAACGCAAGCAGAAACGUAAAGAGAAGAAACUUAAAAAGAAAUUAGAACGUCAAACUCGGAUCGAAGAUGGGAUUGAAGAGUCUACUAAAAAGCGCUUUAAGAAAGAUGUCAUUCCAAGUAACAUUCGUGUGGCACUGGACUGUAGCUUUGAUAGUUUAAUGGUGCUGAAGGAUGUCAAAAAGCUACAUAAUCAGAUUCAAAGAUGUUACGCAGAAAAUCGAAGGGCAACACAUCCUGUAAAGAUGUUCUUGACCAGUCAUAGUGGACAACUAAAGAAAAAUAUGGAUGAAAAUGACAAAGGAUGGGUCAACUGGAAGGGAAUCACUGUUACCUCAAAUCAUUUCAGCGAAAUAAUAAAGAAGGAAGACCUGGUUUAUCUUACGUCUGAUUCCCCAAAUGUGCUUAAUGAGCUGGAUGCAAGCAAAGCUUAUGUCAUUGGUGGCUUGGUGGAUCAUAAUCACCACAAGGGUUUAACAUAUGAUAAUGCACUGAAGCUAGGAAUUGCACAUGCCCAGCUUCCUCUUGGAAAUUAUGUGAAAAUGAAUAGCCGCAAAGUCUUAACAGUAAAUCACGUAUUUGAAAUAAUCCUGGCAUAUCUGGAGAAGCAAGAUUGGAAGAAAGCUUUUUUCACAGUGCUGCCACAGCGCAAAGGAGCAGUUCCUGCAGGAGAGGUUGGUAACACCGAACAAUACCAUGCUGGUGCUGACUCGGACACUUGUGAUUCUACAGAAAUGGGGACAGCAACGUCAGCAGCUUGUGCACUAGAAGACAAAAAGCCUACUGACUUAAAUUGUGAAGACAGAAGCUUAGGAAUCAAGGAUGAACUACAUGGUGAAGUGUAGUCCUUUCUCAAUUUGAUUCAAUACUUGACUGGUGCUUUGAAGUUUUAUUUGUAUGGGUUAAAGGAAGCAAAAUCAAGUCUUUCCAUGUGGCUUCAUAGUUCUUAUUCCUCGUGAUAUUUAAGUCAGUGAAUACAGAAAAUAAAUCAUUUUUAGUGAAUGAAUUGGAUUAAUUUAAAGAACUUUAGUCAAGAUUGACAGUUGUUUUAUUUUUCAGCAGCUCCACUGUUAGAUUUAUAAUGUUAAAAUUACACUCACCAUAAGUGCCAUUUUGCAUUUCGGUAUUUCGGAUGCUUUGAAUUACUCCAGUUCAUUUUGACUGCAUAAUCUUAGCUAUUCUUUAUUACUUUACAAAGGCACAACUAUCAGAAUCAUAUUUAUUAUCACCAACUGUAUGAUGUGAAGUUUGCUUUGCAAUAUCAGUACAGUUCAAAGUCACAAAAUUACCAUAAUUACAAAACUAAAUAGUGUCUGUAAAAAGAAAAAAAGGAAUAACAAAGUACUGUUCAUGGUAAUUCAGAAAUCGGAUUGCAGAGGGGAAGAAACUGCUUCUGAGUUAUCGAGUGUGGGUCUUCAGGCUCCUGGAUCUCCUCCCGGAUGGUAGUAAUAAGAAGGGAGCAUGUCAUGUAACUCCCACAGAUUAAGCACAUUCUGUGAUUAUGAUAAACUAGAUUACACGUAAUUCAAAGAUGAAUUCAAUCCAUUUUCCAUAAGGAGGCCAUGUUUGCUUUAAGUUGCAAAUAUAUAUCGUAUUUGAUUUACAACGGACCAAGCUGAUAUUUGCCAAAUAACAGUAAUUCAGACUUCAGCCUGCUUCACUGAUGUGUAGUGGAAUCAGCAACCAACCAGUUUGUCAAAAUAACCCAAUAAUAUAAUCUUCCACCUUAGUUGCUAAGAUCGAAUUUACUUCAAAAACCUCUAGGGCUGUCAAUAAAGCAUUAAACAAGAAUUGAAUAUCACUAUUGAACAUCGCGAUUUGGCAAAACCCUGAGGGUGACAUCAAACUUUCCUUCCUCAGGAUUAAUUAUGAUACAUCUUGACUGUAAAAAUACAUUAAAAUUCUUUUUUGCAUUGUUUCAGGACAUGUUGAGAACAGCGUAAAAUGGUUCAGAUAAUUAAAUAAGGUUUUUUGUGGUUCAAGGUAGCCAUUUGUCCACUCAUAUCUAUCCCACUUUCCAGUGAAAAUCUGCUGGACUGAGUUACCUUUCUAUAUUUAACUAUGUCUCCCUCAUCAACAGUGUCUCAUCCUCCUAUCAAAGUAAUUUGAACUUUCCCCAGCAGCACGAGCAAACUUCCUUGCAAUGAUGUUGGACCCUUUCCAGUUCAGAUGAAACCUAUGUAGCUUGUCACAUCUUUCCCAGUAACAGUCCUUCCUCCUACUUCAUCUCUGAUCUGUCCUCCUAGUCUUCUGCUCAGUCCACAUAGGACUGUAAUCUAUGGUUUAAAACCAUGUGCAUCCAACUCUUCAAUUUGCUCUUUAGUGCCCUCUAUUCAGGUUGCAGGACAUCAUCACUCUUGCCUGUGUCAUGAGUACCAAUAUGAACCACCUUUAUCUGUUCGUACUCCCUUUCUUGAACAGUGCUUCCAGAAAUGGCCGCUUCUGGCAUCUUAGUCAUCCCCAGUGUUCACACUCCACCACUGUAUGAGAAUCGGGUUUAAUAUCAUUGGCAUAUGUCAUGAAACGUGCUGUUUGGCGGCAGCAGUACAUUGCAAGACAUUUACAACUCAAGAGUUCUAAAAGUAACAAAAAAGAAAUCUUUUAAGGACUAUACAUAUUAAAAUAUCCUCCAAAAGGACCACAACCUUGUCUUUGGGUUUGGAGGCUUGCGUGCUUUGGCCCUUUUUAGGGUCAUCCAUGCCAAACAGGUCAAAGGGUAGAGGCCAGACUAAGAGUGGUCCACUGUUCCUCCAGGUUCAGGGAUUCAACUCAGAGCUAACAACCUUGACUUGUAAAAGAAAAUUGUUAUGGAAACAGCAGUGAAGAGUCCUUUUACACCUGAGUGUGACACUAUCCUGAGUCUCCAUCCAGGACUUGCAUGUCUGACAGUAGUGAAAACCGAGGGGAAGCUAAAGACAUGAUGAUUGAAAAAACCCUGAACAACGCCAGAGAUAGAGAACCUUCAUUACUGCACUAAACGCCAGUAACGUUAGUAAGUAUUUUAUAAUUUAUAAUCCUUAUAAGAUUAGUGACAUGUGCACUAUCUCACUUUAAAAUUAAUUAAAUCUAGGUUAAAACACUAGUAUUGCACUAACAUCUUAGUAGAAUUACUUCUAUAUGUGCAUUUGUUUAUCAUCAGCAUAACCUCUUGGAAUUAAUUUAAGUGGUUAAAAAAAAUUUCAAAGAAAAUAUAGAUAUUUACAUGACGUUAUAAAAUGGAUUAGAACUGACAAUAGGAUGUCUUCUGCACUGCAAGAGAGACAGCUUUAAAGUCGUUAAGUUUAGACAAACUUGUAUUGUGUCUCUCUGUUGCCUUAUGGCAUGGUUUGAUUUGUGUAAGUCCUUUUGUAGUGAGCUGCUGUAAUUGGACCAUGCUUAACAGAGAACCUUGACACUAAACUGACCUUUGUGCCCCUGACAUCCAGUCAAGAAAAGCAAGAGAUCGGAGAUGGUUUUCCAAAUCAAUAGGUAUAUGAUUUUAGAAGAAUUGACAAAAAUGAAAUAAGAUUUUAAAUUUGUAUAUAAUUGGAAGAGAUUUAGUCUACAAAAGAGAAUUCCAGAAACUGAAUGACUAUUAGGGUACAAAAUCACACAGAUAUAUAAAAUAACCUGUAUUUAAGAAUCCGUAUUUUGUACUGCUGUACAACCUUACCUAAUGGUGCUACAGUAAUUAUGGUUGACGGUCUUGACUGGUAUUUCAGUGGAGGUAUCACCAUUUCAAAUCAUCCCUAAUGUGAGCAAUCCAUUGUCCAGGACCAGCUUUCAAACCAAUCUGAAAGUAGACUUACUCAUUUGUAUGAAUACUGACUAAUUUGUUCAAGGAGUCAAUUUCC